UUAAGAGGUCGGGUUUGGACGGAGUAUGUUGAUUAGUCAGCACAUCAUCCUUACCUUGGACUUACCGUGAUACAACUGCACAAACAUUUGAUUCCUAUUUAAAUAUCGUCAUGGACGCUCUCAAAGCUGAAAUUGCGCUCAAGCGCAAAUCCGUACAGAAUGACGCUGAGACGCGUCCGUCUAAGUACGUGCGUCGCGGUGAACUUGAGCGCCUGAAAGAAGAAGAAGAACGGCGAGCACGCGAGGAGAAAGAAAAAGAAAGGGCGGCAGAGCAGGUGGAGAGGGACGCUACACUAGCGAGAAGCAAGCAGAAGAAAACGGCCGACACUUCCUCGCGCUCCACUUCUAACACCCCUUUACCGGAAAGUCGGGACCCAGACUCGACAAUCUUAGACAGUGCAUUCAACAUUCCAAACAAUGAGGCUAUCCGCCGGCUGCGAGCCAAAGGCCAGCCGAUCCGACUUUUUGGUGAAAGCGACCGCGACCGGCGCCUGCGUUUGCGUGCUCUCGAACUCAUCGAAGAGCGUGGUCAUGAAAAAGCUGGCACGAAUGACUUUAGGAAGGCACUGGAAGAUGUCGAGAGCGUCGAGAGGGAAUUGAGGGCCAAAAACGAUAAGGGGAAGAAGAAGGAUGAUGGAGAAGUGAACAAUAGCGCCGGGAGUAUAGCCAUGGUGGAUUUGGGGCUGUUGAAGACAGAUCCGGAUAAAUUGUACCCCGUCAUAUACUACGCACUCAAGCGGACGCUCAAGGAAUGGGAGGAGGCAAUGGAUGAACGACCAGAAAACGUCAAACGGACUCAUCAGGGAAAAUUGGCUGCAGCAACGCAAGUUCAGUCUGCCGAGUAUCUAAAGCCACUGUUUAAGACACUUCGUUCACGAAAUUUACCGCCGGACAUGCUUGUACGCAUAGCUGAAAUAGUAUAUUACAUGCAAAUGCGGCAAUACCAAAGAGCAAACGACUCGUACCUUCGUCUGUCCAUUGGUAAUGCGCCAUGGCCGAUUGGUGUUACGAUGGUGGGCAUCCAUGAACGUUCCGCACGCGAAAAGAUCUCCACGGACCAGGUUGCGCAUGUGCUGAAUGAUGAAGUCAGCAGGAAAUAUAUACAAAGCCUCAAACGGCUCUUGACGUUCUCUCAGACAAAAUAUCCACCAGAGGACGUUUCACAGCUUAUGGGAUAG